GACUGCCCGCCGCGCCGCCACUGCCGCUCGCGUGCUCGUUCCCCUCUCCCUCUACUCGAUCUCCGGCUGCCGCGACGCGACACCGCAGAUGGCCAAGUCUGGGUACACGCGCCCGCCGCCCACGGCCGAGGACGCCGCCGCGCUCCCCGCUCCCAGCGCCGUCCUGUACGUGGCCAACUGCGGGCCGGUGGUGGGGCUGACCCACGACGACGUCGCCGCGGCCUUCGGCGCCUUCGGGGAGGUCGAGGCGGUCAGCGCCGCCGACGACAGCGGCGCGCGCGUCAUCGUCCGGUUCCGCGAGCCCGCCGCCGCGGGGGCCGCGAUGGCCGCGCUCCACGGGCGCCCCUGCGCCCGCCUCGCGGGCCGCGUGCUGCACAUGCGCUACUCGGUGCCCGCCCCGCCCAAGGCCCCCGUCGCCGUCUCCGCUCCCCCGGUGGCCCUCUCGUCGUCGGAGCUCGGCAUCCCGGGCGUUCACUUGGUCCAGGAGUUCGUCACUGCCGCCGAGGAACAGGAGCUUCUUGCAGCCGUGGACAGUAGGCCGUGGAAAAGGUUGGCGAAAAGGCGAGUUCAGCAUUACGGUUAUGAAUUUCUGUAUGAAACCAGGAAUGUUGAUUCGAAGCAGUUUUUGGGUGAAUUGCCAUCUUUUGUUUCAAAAAUCCUUGACAAAAUUGUGACAUUCCCUGGUGUGAAGAAUUGUACUGGAAAACUGGUGGAUCAAUUGACGGUAAAUGAAUAUCCUUGUGGUGUAGGUUUGUCUCCACACAUAGACACACACUCAGCAUUCGAAGAAAUGAUUUUUAGUCUUUCUUUGGCUGGACCUUGCAUUAUGGAGUUCAGACAAUACCCGAAAGGCAGUUGGCGUGCUCCAAGUGUGGUCAGUGGAACUGAUGAAGGUAGCAUCCAAGAUCCACAAUGCAUACGGAAAUCUGUAUUUCUACCUCCUCGGUCAAUGUUACUCAUGUCUGGAGAAGGUCGAUAUGCUUGGCAUCACUAUAUACCACACCAUAAGAUUGAUGACGUGGCUGGUCAAGUCAUUAAAAGAAAUUCGCGACGGGUUUCCUUCACUUUACGAAAGGCGAGGAUGGGUCUUUGCGAAUGUGAAUAUGGGCAAUUUUGUGAUUCACAGAGCAAGUAAGAUAUCAACAUAGGAUUAAGGAUAAAAUCUUGAACAUUACCUGCUACACCAUUGGCGAAUUCAUCAUCACCAAUCACAGGCUGGUGAUCUGGUGGGUGAUGUUUCAUAGGACAACCACUCCAACUAAGUAAAGUCAGCUGAAGCAUACUUGAGCAAACCAAUAGAUAAUGUCACCAUUCCAGCAAGUUUUGUAUCUUGUAGCGAACUAAGUUUGAGACUGAAAUUCUCAAAUGAGGCAUGUAAUUUGCCACCCGGAGGCCCGAUUUAUCCAAUUGAGAUAUUUUUGUUGUAUUUGUAUAACUACAGUGAUCACCUUUAUUCUCAUAUUGUUAAUUCUUGUCGUGGUUUCAACUAAAACCACGGCAAGAAUUAUGGAAUAGAGGGAGUAUGAUUCUUUCACUGCUGGGUUCUUUUGCUCAA